GUAAGGUGCAUAUAGUCAUAUAUAAUAUAUAAGUCAAGAUAAUAUAAUAGAUUGUAAAAAUCUGAUAAUUAUCAUUUAAGAACUUGAAAAAAUCAUCUCUAAUGGAAUGCGAUAAGGACAGCGAACAAUUGAAAAUUUCACAGGAUCCUAAAUUUUCUGAAAAGCAGGAAUCAAUCGAUAAAAAUACUACAAAAUCCUUAAUAUGCAGUAAUACUAAAAAUAAUAAUCGUUAUGUUGCUCCCGUCGGAGUUCUUAUUCUACUACUAACGUUUUACAUCCUAAUUCUUAUAAUUCAACAGAAUUUUAAUAAUUUAUAUGCUAUAAAAUCAAUACAAGCAUUAACUAUCGAUAAUAAAAACAAUAAAUUGUUGGAGAAAGGAAAUGAUAGUCCAAUAAAAUUAAGCACUUCAGAUAUAAAUGAGAUCGGUGUUUGUUAUAGUUUGGAUCAACUGUUUGUGGAAGAUGUUGAUAUAAGGAAUUCAGCUAAGUGCUAUUUGAAACCCACAGAAAAUAUAAAAAAAUGGAAGGAUAAUAACAAUACCACUUUAAGAAGAAAAGCUGUAACAAAAGCCAUCAAAAGUUCAAAAAACUCCAAUGGUAAAAAUGGGAGUACGCAAAAAAUGAAAAAAUCAGUAAAAGUAAAACCGAUAACUAAAAAAGAUCAGUCCAAAAAUGAACAAAAAAAUCAAAAAAGUUAUGCUGCAGAACCAAUUAUAUAUAUCUUCGCAAUCGUUUUUAUAUACUUACUUCUUAAAGCUGCAUCGGAUAUAAACCAACAUUAUAAAUCGCAAUCUAAAGGAGACAAACGAUUUCGUCGAUGUUCUCUUCAAUCAUACGCCCAAGCCCACAAACAAGACCGUCGAUUCUCCAAAGGUACUUCAACCAAAAAUUUAUUAAAAGUAUAAAUGUAUGUGUGUUCAACCUAAAUUGCCUGUUAAUCUUUUAACUGUUUUAAUAAGUUUAAAUUUACAAAAAAUGGUGUUUUAUUUACAUAUUCUACUA